AGCAAAACAGUGUCUUGAGUUUUACAGUUGAGUUGAUCGGUCGAAAUACUACAGUGACAUUAUAGCAUGAAGUUCCUAAUUCUUUCACUUCUGAUAUCGUUUGUAGCUGCCGGCAGCAUUCCUUAUGGGAAUGUUCCAGAAUGUGCAGGAAAACAACUUGGUGCGAAAGUACAUGUUGGUAAUGAUUGUAGCAAAUAUGCUAUAUGCCAACCUGUAGGACUUUCGUUCAUUCAAUCGUGUCAAGCCGGAUUAGUUUACAACAUCAAUAAUGAUAUUUGCGAUUGGCCAGCUAAUGUACCAGGAUGCGGAGGACGUACGAAUACCGUAAAUGACAAUUACAACUGGGGCCAACAGAACCAUAAUCCUCAGCAGCAACAGUGGCAAUGGCCUACCCAAGAAACCUAUUAUCCCCAACAAUGGAACCAAUAUCCACAGCAGAAUUACUAUCCACAACAACAGUAUUAUCCUCAGUAUUGGUAUUCAGCCGAAAAGCAAUAAAUUUGCACAUUAUUACUGAAAUAUUCAGUUUUGGCUUUCACAUCGGAGACAACACUUCGGAUGUCAAUUUCCAAUUCUAUUUCUAAUCUUAUGUCCAGUCCAAAUAGAACAUCGGGUUGUUUCGACUAUAUUUAGGUGAAAUAAAUUUUAACGGAUAUGUCUAGGUAUCGCUGAAGAUUUCAUAUCGCA